CGGAAGUAUCCCAGGGUCGGGCCAGUCAGUGCCUGCGCGAGAUGACUCGUGGGAUUGAUGCCUUAGAUGAGUAGACCAUCCUGGCUGAUGGCACUGGCAGAGACAUGGUGAAAAUCAGCAGUUACAUCAGAUGGGAAAGGAGCUGGAAAUGGUGCCAUUACAUGGAUUAUGCAAGAUUGCGUGGCACUGUCAGGCAAUAUUUCAGUGUUCUCUCAGGUUACAAUGAACUGAUUACUCCAUGAGUACUGAAUAAUAUGAUUUCUUCUCUACUGCUGAAUGUGCAGAAGUUGCUAUGCGCAAACAGCAAACAUUGGACAGGAUAGGUGAGACCAUUCCACAUAUUAAGUGGACUGAUCUUACUUCCACCAAAGAUAACCAAAUGUCUCUGGGUCAGGAGGGUGAGUUAUCAGAUGAGGGACUCUCAUUGAGGACUGAAUCUAUGGACAAUGUGACCCCAGAUGUGCAUCUUGUUCCACUACAAGAUCAGGCAGAAGUUGUUAAGGAUUACAGUACACAGAACUCGCCAAAAAAUGAAUCGGACUCCUACCAGAUAAGUUCUCUUGAAAAUAAGACUGUUGAAUAUAAAUUAGAUGUGAACACAAGGAGUCUACCAAUAAACAUGCAGCUGAUACCCAAGAUGGAGUCUGAUAAUGCUAGGACAGAAGCUUGUGAGGUAACAACCAAAGCUACAAACAUUGCUAACAUCUCAACCAAUGAUUUACUAGAGAUUAAGGUUCAACGACAAUCAAUUUUAAAUAUAAGUUUCCAUACUGACAAACUACCGUCGCCUGAUGGAGGCAACCAAAUAAGCAAGGAGUGUAUUGAGAAUAAAACGCAGGUUGUUGAUAUGGCUCAUGUAAGAAAGAGUACACCUGCGAUGGAGACAAAUGCAAACAAAGAAAGAUUAGAAUGUAGUAAAGACUGCAUUGAAGAUAAUAAAACACAAAUUUUAUGUAAUGUAAGAGAGGAGAGACUUGAUAUUGGAAGGAACAUGGCAGUGACAAGUUCUUUGGUACAAUGUGAAGAAGACAUGGUAUUAGAUUUAAGCUUACCAAAAAAGAAAGACCGAAAUAAGGAGAGGAAGUGUGAAUGGGUUGUAGACCCUGAAUAUGAAGGUUCUCUUCAUAUGGAAGUUGAUGAAAUUGAAGAUGAGCCUCAAAAUGUAGAAGUGGAGCAAGAGGAUGAUAAUGAAAUUAGCUGGAUUGCAUCAGUAACUGGCGCUCAUACAUACCUGCCACAGCAUUGGGAUGGACAUCUGUCCUCCACUUCGCUAGAAGCCAUGCCAACUGCAUCGUACCCCAACAUUAUAACCCCAGAUCCAAUGGAUACACUACUUAUAGAUGACCAGGGCAUUCCUUACACGCUCACCGCAGAUGGACAGAAAGUCCCACAAAUUGAUAAUAUACAACACACUGAGGGACUAACUGAACAAACAGCUCUAAGCGCAAGACAAGCUGAAGAUAAGCCCUCCUCUAUUGCUGAUACACAGGAUAUUGCAGAGUCCAGACUACAGACACUACCCAAUUCACUAUGUCCAAAUAUGUCUAUAGGUCAUGUCUCAGUGGAAACCUCACAGGUUGCCUCAAACCUGGACCCAAGCUCUGUAGUUCAUGCUCAACCCCCCAUCAUACCUGCCAUGUCUGACUUGGCAUCAGUUCCGAUUCAGAUUGUGGCUAAUACUACAGGGUCAAACACCCCCAUUCUUCUUCUUCCUCCAUCUCAGCUUCAGUCUCUUUCCUCACCAGCCUCUAAAAGUAACGCAGGGCUAAUUACCCUUUCCUUACCGGUUCCUCUUAGUCCAAACACUCAGUCCUCCCCCAUGUUCCUAGUUUUGUCAUCUCCUCAGGUGUCCUCAACUCAGAGUUCGUCCUCGCCUGGGCAAUUAUCUCAGUUUUCUUCCUCUUCAACUGUUGCACUUCCCUUGGCUACUUGUCCACUUGAUUUGGGAUCUUCAUUAAGUUCUAGUCCGUCACUUCUCAGCCUCAGCACGAUUUCCUCUGACACAGCAAAGGACAUCUCAGGACUGAAUAACCCUUCUAAACUUCCUGCCAGCCCUACCUCAUCAACUGCUUUCUCUAGCACUUCCACAGUGACCUCUACUAGUCCAACCAAGCAAUUCAGCACUGAUGCCUACUCUGACACACCAGUGCCCACUUCCUUUCGGGAGGCCCUUCUCAGAUUAGCUGUGUCUGUGGAGAAGAAACAAGAAAACCAGCCUGCUGAGACGCAUUCGGUCACUACUCCUUCCUCAUGUUCUGAAGCCACCAAGCCAGAUUCCUCUGCCACAGUCCAUGAAAGUAAAAAUAAUGAGACAGAGAUAAACUGUGAUGGUGAGACAGAGUCUACCUUGGUAGACCAAAUAGACUCAUUAGAUGCCACCUCUUCCACCUCACCCAUUCGUGCUGAAUCACCCGAAAUUCCAAUCAGUGACCCAAAGAACCAAGCGUUAGGCCCUCGUCGCAUUCUUUACUGUCAGUAUUGUUCACGGGUCUUCUACUAUCUUUCAGACCUUGAGCGCCAUUCCAUCACACACUCCCAAAGCAAACCCCAUGUAUGUCACCUUUGUGGCAAGGCAUUCAAAAGAUCAAGCCAUCUUGAGCGACACAAACACAUCCAUACUGGUCAGAGAAACUUUGUGUGCCAGCUUUGCCCAAGGCGUUUUCGUGAAUCAGGGGAACUAAUGAGGCACCAGAGAGUACACACUGGUGAGAAACCCUUUCAGUGCUUAAUAUGCCACAUGCGUUUUGCAGAGCGCAACACGCUGCGACGUCACAUGAAGCGCAAACACCAGGGCCAGCAGCUGGAGGUGAUGGACAUGAAGGCAAAGCCAGAAAGUGGAGGGAUUUCCCUUACUGGAAUACAAGAAGAGGCAGAAGAGAACGCCGAGUGGUACAGUUCAACAGUUCCUGAAAUGGAGUCUGACAGUGACACAGGGGGAGAAUGAACUACAUAAGGGCAUGAACAAAUAGAUUUUCUUUCUUUUUUUUAAGUUUUAAAAAGAUAAGCAAAGUUGUAAAUACAUUUUAAUUUAUUUUGCAUUGAUAUAAUAAUUCCUUAUUUCUCAUUAGCUUCAUAUUAUUGCCUAUAUUUCAUUCUGUUAAUUCUCAAGACCUUUACUGGUGAUGACCAGAUGACCUUUAUAAUAAGCUUCAGUUAUUGAGUUAGAUCUCUUGGUGAAAUACAUUUGCUUUAAAUCUUUACCAUGAAUAACUUUGAAUUAGACUUAUUUAUUGUUCUCAUUUCAGUUUUUCGAAUAUAAAGCAUCUUCAAGGGUGUGAUGUAGUUACUGUAAAAGACUAAGAGGGUCAUUAUUGUUAUUUAUAAUUAUAUAUUAUGAUCUCUUGAAGUCAAGUAAUUGCCUAGAAUAGUGCAUCAGUAUAUCUGUAACUUUAGGCCCACUAAUGACUUGACCACACGAAACUCGCAGCCACAAAAUUCAGCAGAUUUCCACAGAAUUGGAACAGACAUCAUUCUCAAAGCUCUAUAUAUCUUUCACUUCCAUCAGUGUAAUACUUCACCUGACCUACAGAGAACAGUAUGGAGUUUUAUCCUUUGUAGACUCUUUAAAACAGGGGGUGUGGUUGGAUCCAGAUCCAACUCCUCCCACCUUACAAAUACCCUUCUCCACCCCUGAUCCCUAAACCCACCCAUCUCCACCCCCUAUGUGGAUCCAACCAUGCCCCCUGGAUCUUGUGUUCUACAGUGAGGGAUUACUGUUGCAUUGUUCAAAUCUUCUGACCUGGCAUAUUCAUUAUUGUCAUUUACACCUUUGUUUUCUGUAGUUUUUGUUCCCCUUAUUUUUCAUCUGGUUAUGGAGUUUACAGGUAAACUCAUGGUCUUGUUUACAUCUGUUCUGUAAAAUGCUCCAGAUUCCCUCCAAAAUGCAGAAGAAGAAGAAGAAGAAAAGUCAACUGCUCAUCUGGGUUUCUCCUUACUAAGCUUUUAUAUUUCCGAACAUGUUCAGAUAUUAUGAAUUAUGGAUCACCAUGAUUAUGCCAAGUAAGUUCCUGGAUCAACAUCUUUUGUACAGAUUUAACCCAAUCCCUACCCCUAAACCUAACCUUACCCAUAAUUUAUUCCUAAAAUCAGAAGGAAAUAAUAGCUGAUUAACAAGGGUGUAGGAGAAUCUAACCCUGAUUGUAAGCCUAAAACCAUAGAUUGUAUAAAAACAUGGACGUAGAGUCCAUGACGUCACCCGUAGACUCCUGAAGUUCAUUUUUGAAGCUUAAAGUGCAAAUGGGUAAAAAGGUGGGAGCUAGUUGCUGAAGUCACGCCACCUAGCGCGAUGGAACUGUCAGCAGCAGCAAACCACCUGUCACUCAAGUUAAUUAUGCAGAACUUUAAGUCUUAAUAUAAUUUAAACGGAUGAGUUACCUUGUUGGCUUCAUGAGAGAGAGAGUGGGAGGUUGGCGCUCACCUAAAACUGACAUUUCCUAAAAAUGUAUCUCUCAAUUCUGAUUGGUUGAUUGGAAUGUUGUCACAUGAUCAACAAGGAUGUUGAUCCAGGAACUUGUUUUACUUGGUCAAAUCACGCUCACCCUUAUGCAUUAUAAAACAUCUGGCUCUGUGUUCAUUUUGUUUUUUCCUCUUACCUAUUUUUAUUUUUUUCAGAAAAGGGAUAGUCACCUUCAUAUUUUUUCUUUUAAAUGCUCUGCUUUGUUCUUUUUAAAUAUUGAACCUGAACUAUUUGGUUUAUAAAACCCUUGCCUUCAAGGGCUUUCUUCAAUUUAUUAGUGUGAAACGAUGCUUUUAUCUGGACAGAGAAGGUUUUACUUCUCCUGUCAGACAGCUGUUACAAAUCAUUGAGUGUUUGAAUAAGAUUUCACUGUCAUAGGAACAGUGAUACAAUUGACUGGUGCUCUUCCACAAUUCAAAUUGGUCUUGAAGAUCUAACAUUUCAAGGAUUGAACUUUAAAUUUUCAUUAGCUGAAUGCCUAAUUUAUUAGUUUAUGAGUUAUGAGUAAAAAAAAAAAAAAAAACCUUGUUUGAAAAAAGGUUCAGGCCCAGCUGAUUAAUUCUGUUCUUGCCACGUAAAUAACCAAACAUCAUGCAUAGACUGAACACCUUGGGCUAAUCUAAAGUUCUUUUGGUUAAAUUUCAGAUUUGAUUAAGAAUCUGAACAUUUGCACGCAGUAAUUAAAGCUUGUCAAGCCCUUCUGUUUUCCAUUGGUUCUCAUGCUUAAUUAACUUUGCUUUAGGCUCAUGGAUGCACAUAUUCUGCAUGCAGUGGAAGUGUGUCCAGCUGCUGAACGGUAUCACUAAAUUUGGUUUGCUUGGUUGUUUACAUAUUACUUCAUUCAUAUAAAGAUUGGUUUAGUGUUUUUAGUAAGCUCAUUUCACAAUAGAUUUAAAACACAUGAAAAAGCAGUUCCUUCUCACAAUUCAUUCAAUUCUUACAACUAACUGAACAAUCUCACACUAAUGAAAACUAUUUAUUUAUUGUGGAAAUGUAUAUAUUUGAAAUGGCGUGCAUGUCACGGAACACUUAUAUAUUUAAUACAUAAUUUAUAAAACAAGACCGAAGAUAUUUAAACAGCCUAAUUUCUGUAACCUGUCACAGGAUUUUGAAUAAAAUAAAUCAAAUUCAAAUGCUUCCAAGCCAUCAAUCUUUUAAUUGUUUUUUAACAUAAAGAAAAUAAAACUAUUAUGAAAAGUCUAACAGUGUGUGAAUGAAUCAAUGAACAUCAUUCAUUCUAUAAUUCUAGUCUGUAUGUGUGUUUGUCUGUACACAUACACAAUAAACUGAAAUAAAUAAUAUAGCCCUUAAAUAAAUAGACUAAUAUGCA